CACACGCUUUUCGUUGGCGGCUAGAUUGAAGGCCCAAUAUUAGCAAGACCUCUAUAUAUACACACAAACCAAUACAUACAUUCAGAAAUCAUCUAUCCUGAUAUUCAUAUUCAUAGAUAGAGAGAGAGAGAGGGGAAAGCCGGGAAACAGAGAGGCUUUUCUUUCCGGCGAACAAUUCGCCGGAAACAGAGAGAAAUAUUGGGAAUUUCCCGGGGGAGAUGAGGAGGAGAGGCGGGAAAAAGCUCAACAACGGCGACCGAGUUGACUCGGACGAGAAGCGGAGAUUCGAGAAGCGAUUGAUCAAGUUCGAGGCCUUGCCUGAGUACUUGAAGGACAACGAAUUCAUAUUGGACCAUUACAGGUGUGAAUGGCCGUUGAAGGACACGUUAUUCAGCGUCUUCUCUUGGCACAACGAAACCCUCAAUAUAUGGACGCAUUUGGGAGGUUUUCUGAUAUUUGUUGCAUUGACGGUGUUGAGCUCGAUGGAGAAGACGAGCAUCGAAAGCUUGAUCGGGAAAAUUUUCAGACCUGCGAUGCGAACAACGUUGACGAUGGCGGCAAAGACCAACACCACUAACGGCCCAGAUUCUUUCUUCCCCGAUUCCCAUAUAGCCCAUAUUACAAACCGUGUCCUACUAGAUGUGGUUGGAUACGAUGAUUCCGAUUCAAUCCCCAGAUGGCCAUGGUUUAUUUUCCUAGCCGGAGCUAUGGGCUGUCUAAUCUGCAGCUCCGUCUCCCACCUCUUCGCAUGCCACUCCAAACGCUUCAACUUCUUCUUCUGGCGCCUGGACUACGCAGGCAUCUCCCUAAUGAUAGUCUGCUCCUUUUUCGCCCCAAUCUACUACGCUUUUGCUUGCAAUCCCUACUCUCGACUCCUUUACCUCUCCUCCAUUUCCUUCGCUGGUAUCCUCGUCAUAACUACACUCCUUGCCCCCUCUCUCUCCAGUUCCCGCUUCCGCUCCUUCCGGGCCUCCCUCUUUCUUAUCAUGGGCUUCUCAGGGGUAAUUCCUGCGGCCCACGCCGUGGUUCUCUUCCAGGCCCACCCGCAGAUUCUUGUUGCCCUUGGGUUUGAGCUUGUGAUGGGGGUUCUGUACGCUGUGGGUGCCGGAUUUUAUAUGAGCAGGGUGCCCGAGCGGUGGAAGCCCGGGGCAUUUGAUAUUGCGGGGCAGAGCCACCAGAUUUUCCAUGUUUUUGUGGUGGCCGGAGCACUUGCCCACAGUGCUGCCACCCUGAUUGUUAUGGACUGGCGGCAGGGUUUGCCAGACUGUGGUGCAAGCUGAAGGAUCGGGAAGCACAAGUUAAGAAGUAUCCUUGUUUCCACUUUCCAGCUCAUUUAUGCUAUUUUUGCCUCAUGGUAAGCAAAAAAGUUGUACCAAAAUGCCCCUUAGAUUUUCAGUGAGGCAGCAUCUCUUUGUAUUAUACUAUGUGACCUGAAAUUUGGUUCCUAGUGGUAGGACAUGUUGUACUUGCGACAAUUGAAAACAAGAUUGAUUAAUUAUUAUAGAAUUGUAUACCAUUUAAUUAGCUUA